AUGACUAGAAAUAACCGAUUGGUUGCUUAUGAUCUUGGAGCAAUUUUCUAUCAGCAAGGCUCAACCAAACCUUCUGCAUACGAAAAGGCCAGACUGAAUUUUCUGAAAACUACGGAACUGCUUUCCAGGAUAGGACCAGAUUCAGUCCACUGCAUGAUUGACAAGAAGAAGCUGGCUGGGUACUGUCAGGCCUGUGGGGUCCUGGCACCUCCUGCUGAUCUAGGCACAUUACAGACCACCCCUUACGGAAAAAUACACUGCUACAUUACGCUGGGCAAUUAUUGGGGACUGAUUGACGUUCUUCUGGAAGAUAACAUAACUAAGAGCCUGCCCUAUCACUUCAGACAGUCUUUGUUGAGACAACUUUUCCAAAAAGCUCAAACGGGGAGCAGUGCUUUGGAAGAGAUCUGCUUUCGAGUAUGUAUCUGCAAUGCUGUGCGAGAUGUGCUUGAAGGCCAAGUGAUUGGUGUUCGAUUCUGCCAGUUGUUUUUAAAACCUACUAAAGAUAAAAUUGAUUUUCUUCUUGAGGCAUGCUCAAAAUCUUUGCGGUUAGAGCUGGCAUCAGAGAUUGAGAAAAGGAAUAUGGCAGUUUUUCUGAAAAAUUUAUGCUGGAGUUUAGAGGACUUGCAACUUGUCUUCAUGGUCUCAUCACAUGAACUCUUCAUGAGAUUGUUAAAAGAUGAAGAGAGGAAGUUAUUGCUUGAUCAGAUGAGGAAGAGAUCCCCUAGAGUUAAUCUGUGUACCAAACCAGUAACGACUUUCUAUGAUAUACCAGCUUCAGCAAGUGUCAGUAUUGGCCAGUUGGAACAUCAGCUUAUACUGUCUGUGGAGCCUCGGAGAAUUCGAGAAAUUUUAAUUGAACUGCAUGGUAUGACAUCAGAUCGCCAGUUCUGGACAGUUUCUAGUAAAUGGGAAGUACCAGCGGUGUACAGCAGUGUGAUUCUAAACAUAAAAGAUAACUUGACCAGAGAUUUGGUAUAUAUCCUGAUGGCAAAAGGACUUCAUUGUUCUGCUAUAAAGAAUUUUGUGCAUGCUAAGCAGCUUUUUUCGGCCUGUCUGGAACUGGUUACCGAGUUCUCACCAAAGCUGCGCCAGGUGAUGAUUAAUGAAAUGCUGCUUUUGGAUAUCUACACCCAGGAAGCUACUGCUGCAAAUUCUGUAGAGCGUCCACCUCCAGAACUUGUCAGCAGAGUUCGAGGUUAUUUAGAAAUGAGGAUUCCAGAUGUUCCACUUCGUCAGGUCUUAGGAGAAGAGUGUGUUGCUUUCUUGUUAAAUUGGAGAGAGAAUGAAUAUUUAACACUGCAGGUUCCUGCAUCAUUGACCCAGAGCAACCCUUAUGUAAAGAUGGGGCAGCUGUUGGCUGCUACAUGCAAAGAACUGCUAGGACCUAAGGAGAGCAGGAGGACAGCUAAAGACCUUUGGGAAACUGUCGUCCAGAUCUGCAGCCUGUCUAGUCAGCAAAAGCGGGGCAAUGAUGGCAGAGUCAGUUUAAUUAAACAGAGAGAGUCAACACUGGGCAUCAUGUACAGGAGUGAAUUAUUAUCCUUCAUCAAAAAGCUACGGGAACCUCUGGUUUUGACCAUCUUAAUAUCACUUUUUGUCAAGUUGCAUAACAUCGGGGAUGAUAUUGUAAAUGAUAUAUCUGCUGAACACAUAUCUAUCUGGCCAUCGUCUAUACCAAACCUUCAGUCAGUUGAUUUUGAAGCCGUAGCUGUUACAAUGAAGGAAGUGGUUAAUUAUGCACUGACCAUCAAUUCCAGCAACCAUUCCUGGUUAAGUACACAAGCUGAUAUCUAUUUUGCAACAAAUCAGUAUUCCGCAGCCCUUCAUUACUACCUUCAGGCUGGCGCAGUGUGUUCUGAUUUCUUUAACAAAGCUGUACCUCCAGAUGUUUACACAGACCAGGUGCUGAAGCGUAUGAUCAAAUGCUGCUCGCUGUUGAAUUGCCACACUCAGGUAGCUGUAUUUUGCCAGUUUCUGCGAGAUGUUGACUAUAUGACUGCAUUUAAAGCACUUCAGGAACAGAACAGCCAUGAUUCCAUGGAUUCGUAUUAUGACUACAUCUGGGAUGUUACAAUUUUGGAGUAUCUGACGUAUCUCCAUCAUAAAAGAGGAGAAACUGACAAGAGACAAAUUGCGAUCAAAGCAAUAGGACAGACAGAGCUUAAUGCCAGUAAUCCUGAAGAAGUACUGCAGCUUGCAGCUCAGAAAAGGAAGAAGAAAUUUCUCCAAGCAAUGGCAAAGUUGUAUUUUUAGCUGCUUGAUAUGCAAAAUGUAUAAAGAGAGAUGUUUUGAAAAAUAUGCUUUUAUUUUUUACAGUUUAUCAUUAAGAAUAAACAAUUGUAAUAAAACAA